CCUCCCUCUUGGUCUAAUUCAGCAAAGAUCACACUUCGCUGGACUGCAUGCAAAACAGUUUUCCCCCUGAUUCGUCGCACUUUGGUUUCUCCGAAAAGUCAAUUUUAUCCAACCCUAGUUUUCAUACUGUUAAAUCGGUCGAUAUUUUUUUACCUUUUUAAUGUUGCUGUGUUUUUAUGGAGGGUCACUCUCUUGGCAUGUUCUAUAACAAACAAGCAGGUGCUCGGAGAAAUACAAUUUCUGGGUGUUUGCUCUGGAACCGUAUUAACCUUCAGGUAUGUUGAUUCUUUUAUUCCUUAUUGCAGUAAUAGCCUAGUUACUAAUAUAUUCAAUUGUUGAAGCCGUUUUUUCUUACUCAACAAAAUGUGCAGUUUGUCGACGUUCAAUGUUUUGCAAAUAUGACGAAAAAAAAUGAAAAAAUAUAUAUCUGUAGGCCUAAGGAGCCAGGCUACAACAUUAUCAUAUGGAUGGUCCAGUUUACUGUCAACAAACAGUGAUCUUGAAUCUUUGGUUGGUAAUCUAUAUUUCUGCGAAGUUAUUGUUUAAAUUAGGCUAUGACAGAUUUUUUCCUUAUUUUUUUAUUGUCUGCAAUCUGAUCGUGUAUGCAUCAGGCCUACACAUUGUUAAAAAACAUAUGUAUUGAUAGAAAAAAAAAAUCUUCAGGCUAAAAAUCUAUUUAUUUCAGGCUAUGAAUAGUUAGUCUACUUAUUGUGUAGAAAAUCUGGACAGUUGUGUCACAGCUAUUUUUAGACACUGUUAUUUUCCUUUGCAGAAAAUUUGCUUUUAAAAUCAAGGGCUAAAUUACACUUUUUGUAGGAUAAUCGAUGAAUAUUCCUACCUGAAUGUCAGUCGUUUCUUAAGAAUAAUUUAGUUUUCGUAUGUUUUUAACUUGCUGACUAACAAGUGGUAAUUUUCAAGUUAGGUUAUCGGUGUUAAUAUAGCCCUUAAAUGUACUGGGCUUGGAUCAUUAUACUUCAAAUAAACGUAUGGUCAACAUUUUUAAAUACACGUGACGUUUAGGGGAACCCUCCUUUGGAUCUUUGUUUGGCUGGUGAGAUAUUCCAUCAAGGCUGUAAAGGAUCGAAUGUAAUAUAUAAUUUUUUUAAUUAAUUUAUUUUCUGUUGGGACCGCGAAAAAAACGGCCCUGGGGAGAAAAGUGUGAGUGUGUGUGUGUAUGGAUGUGUGUGUCUGUGUUGUCAUGGGUGCAGUAACCCGGGAGUGGAGACACAGAGUGAAGACAGGUGAAAAUAAGGAAGGCGCAAUGUCCAUUUAAAGAGUGUGUGUGUGUGUGUGUGUGUGUGUGUGUGUGUGUGUGUGUGUGUGUGUGUGUGUGUGUGUGUGUAAGGAUCCAACAGAAGCAGCAAUGGAGAAAAAAAAUGGCAAGGAAGACCUAGGCCGUGUUCCAAUUUGAGUAAAUGACUGUAACAAUAAAAUGUACGGAUAAGCUUUUUUGUCUAUUUCUAUAUCGUUGGCUUUUAUGAUUAUAACGUCUAUCUUGAUAAGCGCUAUCACAAUAAAGUAUCAAUUGCUGAUAAUGAUAAUAACAAUAGCAAUUAAACAACAGUAAUAAAUAUGAUGAUAAUAGCUAAUUAUUACUAAUUUUCUGCCAGUUUGUAUGUUCGUCUUUAUGUCUCCUUUAACAUUUUAAGGGGCCCCAUUUGUUUGUUAGACCUCAUAAGCGAUAGCCUACGGUGUCAUUUGAAGAUUUCAAUAAAAAUUAUCAAUAGGAGCUUUUGUUUAUGAAUGGGCUGAGACUUUGAGGCUUCCCUUGCCCUAAUCUUUUAUUAGCGUCACGACCAGGGCCGUCCAGUUGACUUUUCUCUAGAGGUGAAAGUGACGCUUUAUCAAAUUACCUGAUCCAUGGUAUGAUAUGGUAUGGUAUAGUAUGGUCUUUAUUGUCAUUGCAACUGUGCACAACGAAAUUGCAUUUACAGAUAGGGAAAGUACACACAAGAGGGAGGGAGGGAGAGGAGGAGGUAAAAAAAAAGAGAUUGCUUUCAUUAAUAUGAGUGCAGUGACAAAAAAAAAACCCUCAGCAACAUGAGCACAUUACAUCCAUCUAAGCUACUCUAGAGUCUGGAGAGCUGAGCUGAGAAUGAGGCCAGUUUCUGAAGGCGCCAGAAACCUCUUGAACAGCGGGAACCUGUUGGCACAGUUCCUGUGGAGCAACCCCGAAUCAAAGUCUGCGUGCUGCCGAACUUAGGCUUGAUAUUUAUCCUGUCUUUUUAUUGUUUGGACAAUCUUUUGUGUCAGGAAAGUCUGUGUGUGUAGACAACAGCAACAGCAUGUUCAGCGGUCAUCACAUCACAUGCUUAGGCUGCUGAGCUUAAAGUCUUCAAUCGAUUGACGACUGACCAAAGUGUAAAAUAACAUGUAACCUCGGAUAGAGAUAAGAAAAGAGAAACAAAUGAAAAUGUUUGAACUGACACUUCAAGUUUAAGUCAAAUCAAAUAAUUUCAAGAAGCCAUAUACUACAAAAAGCUAAAUUGGGCAAUUGAUAAAUAACAGGGAAAGCGUAUGUUAUGAUCUGUCAAAGCGAACAUCUUAAAGUCAUGCACCUUUGCCACAGUUUUUUCCAUGCACUCACUCAGAGGGGUUACUAAGGAGAUAUGACGCUGCUUUCGCGCGACACAGUGAAUUUAGUGAACUUUCAUGAGACUCACAAUGCCAGGGCUUUGUGUCGGAUGUUGAUCAACACAUCAAGCUGGAGUCUUAAGACAUAAGGCCCUGCAGUCUAUUCGAUUAUGGCUACUUAGAUUCAUUUAUCAAACGGCUUGUUUUGAGUCAUUACAACUCGUUAAGGGCUACCUUGUCUUCCUCGCAGGUAAUUUCCAGUCCAAACGGCUUAACUUGCAAUAUACUACAGGACAAUGUAAGACUGAGAUUUUGCAGUAAUUCUACUGUGUGCACCUUUCGAUUAAACAAUGUGAUUAGAAAUGACAUUCGACCAAAUGGGCUACUUGACAACUUUAGUUCCUCUUGUAGUUAAAAUGCUGCCUCAAAAGUGUUUGAACGCGUUUUAAGGUUGCAGUGCAGCUGUGUUACGUGACACAGAGGCAGAGGAGGUGAUGCUCACACUUUAGAGAGGGGAAGGAAGGAAGCCUCCCCUUAGAGGGAGACCAUCAUCAGACAGGCAGGUCCAGGCACGCCCCGGCCCUCUGACACCCUGCGCCACCUCACUGGGACUACAUUGGUGUGAUCACACCUGGAUGCAUGCGUGUGUUUUAACUGCAUCCUGUCCUCAUUGAACACUGAUAAAGUCAUCAGUAUGAGUUUGUUUCCAUAUCCUUCUCAAAGUGAUCUAUUCAUUUAUUCAGUAAAAUUUCUUCCAGUUCUGAAAAAAGUUUAUGUUUAUAUGUGUGCUCUUCAGAGUGAUCUGCCCCUCACCAGACUCUAAGAUGUCCCAGUCCACAGUUAAUGAAGAAGGAGGCACCUUUGAACACCUGUGGAGCUCCCUGUGAGUGCCAACAACACCUGCUAACAACUGUUUUACUUAACUUUCCGUGACCAUAUUUUCCACAUUACAUAAAGUUGUAUUUAAAAUAUCAAAUAAAUAUACAUAUGAUUCUGUAUUCGCCUGAUGGAUGAUUUCAAUAAGCAAAUUAGAGUAAGUAGGGCCUACACUGUAUUUAAUAUGUUAAUUUACAUAACAUAUAGGAAAUACUGUUAAAAUUGAGCUGGUCUGCAAAAAAGGCAUACAAAUACAUGCAGUUUGAGGAUUUGUGGCCUUCUGUUCAUAAAAGUAUUUAUAAUUUUGUACUCAUGGAAUGUCAGUUUGCCUUUUAAAACAGUUAAUCAUUGUUCCUUAGGAGUAAAUGACAUGAAGAAUUUUCCCUCAGAUCUAUUUCUCUUCACCAGUAUUUAUUCCAACAACUUAAGUAGUCAACAGUGAAUGUAGAUGUUUAACUGUGCAUACUCUGUAUAUUAUAUUAUGCUCAUCCAUCUUUGAUGGACAUGUGUCCAUGAUAUGUCCUCAGGGAGCCAGACAGCACCUACUUUGAGCUCCCCUCAGGCAGCCAGCCAAGUGACCGCCCAAUGCCUUCUACCAGCACCCCGGGAAGUCAUUGCAGCGUUGCUGCUGAGGGCUCUAUGGAUGUCUAUCACAUGAGGGACAUAAACGACAAUGUGAUGGUAGGAACACCAGCCUCCGCUGUAGCUGAGUUUGUGGAUAACCCUUGCUCUUUUAUGGUGGGAGCUGCGCCUUACUUUUUAUCUAAAGGGUGUUGUAUGUUUUAUUGUGCUGGUUUCUCUGUGAGCUCACACUUAACACCCUCCAUACACUCACAAAGAAAACAAAUCCCCCAAAGAUCUUAUCUUUUCCCAUUUAUUUUUUUCUCUCUUUUUUUCCCUCCAGUUUUCUGGAGAUUCCCUCCUCUGUAUAGUUUCCCUCUCUCCAACAGCAUGUUCCCUCUCUGUAUUCCCUGUGGACUGGCCUGUAGGGACCCUGGCUCUGUGUGAGUGUGCAUGUUGCGUGUGUGGGGAUGGGGGUAAUUAAAACCAAAGCCAGGACCCUUUGCUGUUCCACCAUAUAACCAUCUGUAGCCUGAGUCUGAAGGAGUGUGUGUGUCAGUGCACAUUCACUAACAUGCACUGUGCUUGCAAGUGUACGCACAUAUUGCUGCUGUCAAUGGAUCCUUUGUACCCACUUUGAAAACUGAAGACAAACACUCUAGUUUCCACUUUAUAACUUCUCUUGAAAGGAAUGUGAAAUAGAUUAGGGGGUUUAUAAACAGUUCACAAGGAUUCUGCAGUAUCACACUGAUGUAUGCUUGCUCUUAACACAUUGUACAUAUUGUUUAUCCAAUGUGUCCAUUUGUCUCCCAAAUAUAAAGUCAACCCCCCCCUACACACACACACACACACACACACACACACACCUAUAUUGUCUUGUUGUGAAAUAUUGGUUGGAUCUACAUGUAUUCUGCAAAUAGGCAAGCCUGGGCCUGCCUGGCCAGUUAAUGAAUAGUCAUGACAGAAAUAAGGGGGCGGAGCCAGGAUUUGUUGUUAGAUGCAGGACAAGGUUGAGAAGGCCCAGUGAGGCAAGAAGAACAAGGGAAGGAGACGUAGGAGAAAAGGGGCAGGACUUCUCCUGUAUCCUCCAUCAUGUCCUCCUCCACAGGGUCGGCUGUCUGAGCAGAGUUUGACUCCUGCACUCGCGCUUGAAGUCAACAGAGUGUAAGUCUGAUAAGAAUUAUGUCAGAGAUACAUCCCUCUAUACCUUUCAAGAGCCUCAAGAUGCCCUGUGGCUGGUAGGUGGAUCAGAGUCAACUGUUGAUGUUUUGGCUGGCUCAGGGCCUUAUGAUGUUUAGUAGCUUACUGGUGGCAGAUAGUGGGGACAGUGUUGAUGGUUUGUGUUAAAAAGUGUGGGACUUGUAAUAUGAGUUUGUAGGGUGUAGGGUAGUAAUAGAACAGGUGAGGUGAAUUUGUAUAUUCUUACACUUCAUCAUGCUGUUUCAUGGUCAGCUUGUAUCUAAUGAACAGGCCUGUGCUUUCUUGUAUUUUCCUGCUUUUACAAUUUCCUAAGUUUGAGGACAUGUGUUUGUUCCUGUGCAUUUAGAUAAAUUAGUUUGUGUAAACCAGUCAUUACAUUUAAUACUUUUUGUAAGGGAGGAUGCUGUGCAUCCCUCAGAAACAGUGACAAGUUCUUGUCCAACUGCAUGAUGAAUGGCUGGCUGUGUUUUAACCUGUCAUAAUUGAGAGUCCUAAAAUUAAUUUGAAAUGUACCUAUUAAUCUAUAAAUAUCUACUAAAAAUAUUGAAAACAACAUCAAUGUUUUUCAGAUUGACAUACAUGUGGAACUCUCAAAAAUGUUUGUAGUAUUCAGUUCCUGCACUUUGCCACCAGUUGCCAACAGGGGGCAACCUUCAUACAUGCCAGUUCAUAUUGUGCCUCCUCUCAUCCUGACCUCUGUCUAACAUAGCUGCUUGUUUUAACAUGUUCCACGUUUCAUAUUAUGUUUUGUCAGUGAUUUCUAUUGCCUUACUUUUGAUAUUGUUUUCUUUUUUUGUCUGUUUAUCUCAGGGCCAGACAACAGUAUAGGCGUUUUUGGUGUUAAAGUGUGCUGUUUAAAAGGAAAUUCAAAUAAUCUGUUCAAUGAGUCAAUACUAAUGCAGGUCACAAGCAAGGUGCCCCACCUUUUGUCUGUAGUCUACGUUUCACUCAGCUUGACAAGUAAAUGUUGUUGUGGCUAGCUAAUCCAGGUUCCUAAAUGUUUGGAGCAUUUAAAGCUCAGCUUGAGUGGCAGCUACCAGGAUAGCCGCCCAUAGGGGACAUCAGAUGCUGUAAGAAUGGGCAGCUUAAACACUUUUGUAGAGAGAACACACACACACACAGAGAAACUCAGUAGCAGUGCUGGGUUUAGCUCUGUUUCAACUUGUUGCAAAUCGAGUUAAGGUAUUAAGAGCGAGCGCACCUGUGAGUGUAUGAGUCUGUCUGACUCUGUGUGUGUGUGUGUGUGUGUGUGUGUGUGUGUGUGUGUGUGUGUGUGUGUGUGUGUGUGUGUGUGGUGACACAUACACUCAGGCUUAACUAGUGCCCUGUAAAGCUCUUAAACCAUACCUGUGAGAUGGAUUCAAACAGUCAGAUAAUAAGGAAAGACAGAACAAUUCUUUUACACACUAAUCACAAAAGCACAUUUGCAUGAUUAUUCGUUUUUAUUCUUCCUAUAUGUCUGAGCAAAUGUGUCCUCAGUACUUUCCACUAAAAAUGAAGAUGUGACAGACAUAUGAUUAAAGUUUCUACCUCUUUUUUGUUUCCUCUCUUUAUCAAUCUGCCUGGCAUUAACUGGUUUAAAGUCAUCAAUCCUGUAGCUUUUCUGGGUUUUUCACAAGCAAAAUAACAUGUUUUUUUUAGAAAACUUAUAUAUUUUCAAAAACAGCUGACAUGUAUACACAGGUAUCAAAAAGUUUCUUCUAGUUUUGUGUCAGUUUAAUAAACCAAUCCAAUCCUCUCCACAAUGGAUAUGCAUGGUUUGAAUAUGGCCUCAUUUUGUUACAAAGGGCUGACAGUCUAGAGGGUGAACAAGCAAAAAGUAAUUUUGCAUAACUCUUUAGAACCCAGUCAACCCCCAUAAGAUAUGUUGUGCUGUAUGUACCAGAGUAAGAGUCAACGUAUAGAUCCAAACAGCCACGCAUGCGGGCAUCCUCAUACAACCUAUGGAGUUUACAUUAAGUCUAGAACAUUGACCUUUCUCCUUCCUUUCAUGGCAAUGAAACACAGAGUUCACUUAUCCUUGUGUUGCUUAGUCUCUUUUUUUGUGUGUGUCUAUGCUAGUUAUUACGGCCUAAGGUUAAAAACACAGAGCUGAGGGGUUGGACAAAAAAGUAUGUUUGCUGAGUAUUGCUUCAGGUUGGGAAUUUUAGGUUAAAGGAUGAUCGAGGAAAAAAAAACAAGGGUUUUUAAAGAAAAAAAAAAGAGUUGCGAAACAAAAACUUGAACAAAGAAAUAUAGAAAAAAGCAAAAUGCAUUGGUAAUGGGGGGGAUUGGGAUCAGAGUUUUUCAAGGAGGUUAUUUGUAGUUAAUGUCCCAGUUUACAAGAUAAGUUAACAUUUUCAGACACAGCUGAAGAGUACGUAUAAAAUAAUAAAAGUACAAGAGGCCCAUUUGAUACCGCAGAAGGUUACUUUUUACAGGUAAAGAUCAUAUCUGAAAACCUUUUAUUCAAACCAUCCUUAGUCUGGAAUUAAUAUUUUUAUUUUAAUGUUGUCAAAAGAGGAAAAGAAAUUUGACUUCCAAAAGCCUUUAUGUUGAGCGUUUUUAAUCCUUUAUGGGUGAAAUGAGAUGACGUGAUAGACCACUGAACUCUCGUUCUUUCAUGUGUUUUCUUCUUACCAAUCUCCUUUUCUGUCUCUAUUUCUUGCUUUUUCUCUCUCUGUCUCUAUCUCUCCCUCUCUCUCUCUCUACAUCAGACCAGACAGUGUUUACUUAGUGCAGGCCUUCACAAGGUGUUUUGGAGCAUGUGUGUACAUGCACCCCGGCAUUGCCGUCUAUGUCCGGGCAUGCCAUAAUUAGAACGUCGUACCAUUUUUUGGGUUCCCAUCCUUCUUUCCCUCUCUCCUCCUCUCCCCUCAUCUCAGUCUAUGGUUUCUUUGCUUCUACACCAGUCCUCACCUUUUUCACUCUCCUGGCUGUAUAUGUGUCUCUGAGCCUGUCUGUGUGCCUGUGUGUAUGAGUGUGUGUGUGUAAGUGUGUGUGCUGUGUCUGUUGAUGCACACCUCGCUUGAACUCUGGUCAGGCUAUGGUCCUGCUCUCUCUUUGCUCUGCUGUGUUUGGACGUUUCUGACAGAACAGUUGACUCAUGAGACUUAAGCACUAGAAGAUGUACUACGUGAAAAAGAAGGUAAAAUUAUUUUUCAUAACUGCUUGUAUUAUGUGUGAUUUUGUGUGUGUGUGUGUGUGUGUGUGUGUGUGUGUGUGUGUGUGUGUGUAUGUGUGUGUGGCCAUGUGCAUGUGUACAAGGCUGUGGCUCUAUCUGUUUGAUUGUACAUCAUUAGUCUUGGAUGACAUAGUAUCUGCAUGGGUCAGUGUACCUUGUUGAAGUGGUACUAAAUUUUUAGGACAAUGGAUACCUUUGUUCAAGGAAAAAAGAUUGUUUGAUGUUGAAGAGAUGUAGGUAUGUGAGCUUCAAACUCUUACAUUUUCUGUAUUUUGUGAAAGUUUAGUGUGUUUUUAGUGUGUAAUGAAAAAAAAAAGACCACUGGUGAUCAAAAAAAGCAGUAACCAUGAAGCAGCUUUAUUUUCAGAGGCUCCCAACUUAGUUUGCCAAGACAUGUUGUACUAGCAUUAAGAUUGUGCUCUCUUUGACAAGCGUGUCACCACUUACACCUCAGUGCAACAAAUCUUCUCACAACACAGCAGAGAGGACUAGAGGUGGGGGGAAUGGCAGGCAAUUAGGCAGAUUGUGCCUGUGUUUUACAAGUUCUUUCAAAUAGCCCCCAGGAGGCUGUUGUGGAGACGUCACUACAACCAUUCACUGAUAUUCACACACACAGAAAUACGCACACAUUAGUGUGUCCCUGCACUGUUGAAGAUUUUAUCUUUAAUUCUCAUUUUUCAAGUAUAAAUCACACAAAAAUUGCUCACAUGUGUACAGACACCUACCCAGACAGUAACACAUCUCCCUACACACAUGCAUCACACUCACUACCAGUUGCUUUUCCUUCCCAGUGUAACCCGACCUCCCUGUGAGCUUCAAAUCCACUGUCUCUCCAGUACCUGUACCUGUGCCCUCCCUCUGCUUUUCCUCCUCCCUCCCUUUUACCUCCCUCAUUCUCUUUGCUCUUCUUUUCUUCCCAGUCCCAAUACAACUUGCUGAGCAGCAGCAUGGAGAGCUUGGGGAGCCGCGCGACGUCCGCCAGCCCCUACAGCUCCGAGAACGCCUCCUCAUCGGCCGUGCCCACCCCCUCGCCCUACUCCCAGCCCAACUCCACCUUUGAGGGCCUGUCGCCUGCCCCGGCCAUCCCUUCCAACACCGACUACCCUGGACUGCAUGCCUUUCAGGUGUCCUUCCAGCAGUCUAGCACUGCCAAGUCUGCCACAUGGACCGUGAGUACACACACUUUCUUGGUAUUGGGUGCACGUGCAUGUGUGUGUGUGUGUGUGUGUGUGUGUGUGUGUGUGUGUGUGUGUGUGUGUGUGUGUGUGUGUGUGUGUGUGUGUGCUGUAUCGUUCCAUCUUUUGGUCUCUUUUUCUUAUCGAGCUACUAUGCUUCACAUUAAUGUGCACACACUUUAACAUGCACACAGAGACAUUAUUUCACACACACACACACACACACACACACACACACACACACACACACACACACACACACACACACACACACAAGCCAGCACAUGUGCAGGCUUGUCACUUGCAAUCAAAAGUACUGCAUCUUCUUAUGUGAUUUAUCUCGUCCUUUGCAAACUUCUUUUGGGUAAUCUUUACCCAAAAAGACUGUAUCAUUAAAGUUUUCAUGAUUUUAGAUUAAUCAGUCCUUAAUCCAUUUUAAAGACAUGACACAUUUUAAAAGAUACUGUCAACGCUGGCUUUAUUUUUGAGACCUCAUUAAAGACCUGUAUCUUGUUAAGUGUAAAAUGUCUGUGUUAUGUCAACAUUGCUCCAAAGAUAGAUGUUUGAGUCCAUCUAUUUUAUUAUGCAGUGUAACAAAUUACCAGCAUGCAGUAUGAAAAAAUGCAGUCAAAAUACUUUUUUUUUAAUGUAAAAGACAGCAUCUAGUAUUAAAUCUAAGUUUCUUGGAUAUGCUUUUUGCUGAGUGUUUUUCUUUUUAAAAGAAUAAAUAAGAGCUUUCCCCCUAAGUCAUAAAGAGAUAGGAAAUAAAAUUUCUACAUGCAGAAUAUCAUAAUUGUAAUAAGUAUAUGUGUUAUAGAGUGAUUCUUCUUAUUACCACUGAUUUACCAUUAGGUGGCGGAAGCUGUAAAAAGUACAACAUAAAAAAGAUAAAUAAUCUAGGCACUGAGGACACAAUUCAGCUAAACCAAACAUCUACUUUUUUGCUGCAAAGUGGUGAGAGACAGGUGAAAUGGGAGCUGUGUAAUUUGUCAUGACCCAAUGAGGGGUCUCCUGCUUGAAAGGUGUCACCACUGACUGUCACACAGUUGACCUCUCUGAAACAAGAGAACCAAAAGACAAACUGCACUUCCUUUGCUCUAGGAGUCUGUCAGUGGGAUUGACGAAGGGGCUCCUAUGCUGGGACUGCGUUUGCUCGGUGUAAUCAUGCGUGGUGGGCUUCUUUACUCAGCCAAAAGUGAUGUAAGAAGAUCCCCCUCUGAACAGAAGGGUGCUGGUCUUUGACCUGUUGUUUUUCUUCCCAGAAUCCCUCUUCUUCUGAUCCUAACACAUACUCAUUGCUGUCAUCACUGGCACCUAAAGUUUCUCUCUGUCUUCUCUUAGAAUAUGUCCAUCAUCUCCUCUUUCUCACUUCCAUCCUGUGAAGUUAGGGUCUUCCUCAAGACCAAACUACAUGGAAAGACACUGAGGAGACAUGCUCAAAAAUGUCUUUUGCAGAAAAGUCAUCUCUGUGCAGUAAAUUCCUGAACAUAGAAGAAACUUUUUUCAACAUGCUUGACAAACUCGACUCUGCCUUUGAAAAUAACCUGACAGAAUUCUCCCUAAAAUCCUGAUAGCUCGCCUUUUUCUUUGCUGCGCCAACCUGCCAUCACACCUGCCCAUUUGCAACAGAAGAACUCUGCUUAGCUCCUUGGUUUGCAACCACAAUAAUUUGCAAAAUUAUCUUUUUUUUUUUAACUAGAAAGCUUUGAAUUCACCUGGUUGAACAAUUUAAGACAUUCUUUUUUGUUACAAUGAAAGAAGAGACAAAGGACUUUUAACCAGCGCAAGCAGCAAAAUUUACCAAAGACGGUGACAAAGCAGAAAAAGGAUUGUGAAGAAACCUGUGAUUAUUCAGAUACCUUAGCUGCCAUUAAACAGAGGGAUUAGAGUGAGGGAGAGACUGAGUGAUUACUCAGGGCUUUUAUGGAGUUUACCGUAAUGCUUUGUUUUUAUAUUAUGAGCUUAAUUAUAGGAUUGGAGAAAUAUCAGAAGAUAUAUUUAAGUGUUAUUAUGUAGCUGCUUCGUGUGAUAUAACGCAACAUGAUCAUGUAUGAACUUGCAGAAUUCAGUAGGAUACCAUGAAUUGCCUUACAGGGGGCCAAGUUAUGACAAAAACACUCUGCAUAGAUUAACAGGAUUGUCACUGUUUGUUUCCUAAAGAGCAAAUGAGUUUUGAAAAAAAUUGAAAAAAUAACGAGAUGAAUUAUAUUACAGAGAGAUAAGAUCUCAAUGCCAAGUUUGCCUAUGUUAGGCAAAAAAUGUAUUUAGUCUCAGUUAAGCCUAUUUAUACCCACUGUUUGAAAUUCAAUAAAAAAAUUAUUUUCCUUGUUGAAAUAAUUAUAAACCCAAGGGUAAUGCAGUACCCUUGGUAAUAACUGGAAGGUUGGCAGUAAGAUUCCUCCCUAUCUCUAGUCUUUCCAUUGUGGCUUGGGCAACUUAACCCACCUUGCUCCCAGUGUGUGUCCUCCACUGGUGUGUAAUUGUGAGUGUCGUGUGGUGGUGGUCGGAGAGGCUGUAGGCGCAAACUGGCAGCCACAUUUCCAUCAGUCUGCCCCAGGGCAGCUGUGACUACUAAGGCAGUUUACCACCACCAGGGUGUGACUGAGUGAGCAAAUGAAUGAUGUAUCCAAUGUAUAGCGCUUUGAGGGUCUCUGAUAAAACACUAUAAAAUCUGAUGCAUUAUUAUGAAUGUACAAUGACAGGUAGUGUAGGUGUUGCGAGGUGUCUCCUGACAAUAGGUUAGCUCAAAAGUAAUCACUGAACUGUCUUCAAAACUAUAUCCAGUGCAAUUCAAGGAUUUUUUUCAGCAAAAGAGGACAUCCAAGAUUUUUUUUUUUUAAUCAGCAAAAUCCUGGGAUUACUUAUUGAAUUUACUAGCACUAUCUGGCAAGUGUCAGUGGAAUACACUCACUGUACAUGCAUUCUGAACUCUCUCAAUGUUACCUCGACAGUAUACCCAAUUAUUUUGACUUUAGAGUCAGGAAUGUAAUUAGCUAAAGAUUAGUCCAACAAAUAAACAAUUUAGAUCAAUUUUCAUCCUUUGGGAAACACUAAACAACAUUUUAUAUCCUCAUUAUGAAAAUUUAAGCGACCUAUUGCUCAUUGCCAGCUUCACCCCCUCAGCAUGGUCAUGUCCUGCUCCAAGCUACCAAGCCACAGAGCUGGCUUCAUAUGGACAGUCAGACAUCUGUUGGGUGGUGUUACAGUUUCUUUGUCCUCUUGUAAUUGACAGCCAACUGUCUGAACAUGUUUGAAAAAGAUGACAAUGUGAACUUGAGUCACUUUCUUUAAAGGAAGGAGUUGCCAGACUCACGUUUCUCUCUAAAUUUCUCAUCGCCACAGGCCGUGAGAUGCCAUAGGGGCGUAUUCAUCCCAAUCAGCCUCCAUGCCAUCCCCGUCCCCACACCUCUGCCUCCUACUGAGAGCAGUUGGCAUGUUUUUGGAGAUGAAUUCUCUGCAAAUUUCGGCAAGCACAUGGAAUUAACUGCCAUUUCACAAGUUGUCAGCUAAAUUACUAAAGGAGGGAAAACUUUAGUUUUUACUUCAGCUUUUUAAAAACGUUUGCUUUGAUGUUUGAAGAGGGGGAGAAGAGAAUCCAAUCCAAUCCACUUUAUUUAUAUAGCACAUUUUAAAAACAUUCAAGUCUACAAAAGUGCUGCACAAUAAAACUAAAAGAACAGGCAAUGCUGAAAACAUCAAGAUGAAAUCAGUAAAAGCAGGUAAAAAAACAUUUAAAAUGAAAUAAAAUAAAUGAAAUAAAAACACAAAAGCAUAAAAGAAAUAAAAGUGAUAAAGGACCAUAAAAGACAUUAGACAAGAGAAGAGAAGAACAAAAACAAGAGCAGAUGAAAACAGAGGAGGCAAUCAUCGUAUUACCACAUACAGUAAAUCAAUUCAAGCCUACGUUAAGAUACUCUGGUAAUCUUCUUGUGCAGUUUAUUAGUGUAAAUGUCUCUGACACUCGGGUCUACCUCUGUCUUGCCUGUUGAAGAUGAUUCCUUAGCUGGACGCAGACAAGCGUCACUGCAGCUGGAAAUCAGAUCUAACGUAUCAGCUUUGUCAAACAAUAAGGCCCUUUUCUGUUCACUUGGACAUAACUCUGUGUGCGUACAGUAUGUGUCCAACGAAGGGGGGGCAUGUGAUGUGGUGGAUGUGGGCUCAAGCAUGCACAGCAAGGCGGCUUGUCAGAAGCUGCACAUCCCAGCUAUUAGCAUCUAUCCGUUAGAACACAAGUCCCAACAUGCCCUUCACUGUGCAUCCUUCCCUUUCUUUCCUGAUGCAUCAUCCAUGGCCACAUCACUGAUAGCUUUCCUGCUGAGCAGAGUUUCUGGAAAAGUACAUUUGAUAUGAGAGACUUUUCACAAAUCUAUCAUGAAUGUAAUCUAUAAACAAGCUGGUUGAGUUUAUGUUUAUUAUUCUCUGUUAUAAGAAGCUCAAAGUGUUUUCCAAACCCUGAAAAUUUAACUUUCUGUAGCAAUCUAAGGCAAUAGAUGUUUAAGAAGAGUUGAAUGUCAUCACUAAAUUUGAGUACACAUACGUACUAACAGAAACAGUUGGGACAAUAGCAGUCAUUGGUUAUCAAAUUUAGUGGACUAUAAUGUCCUGUCUUUACUUCUCUCUGAAAUCUACAAGACACCAACACCAGGUACAAUAACUUUAAAAGAGGAAAAGAUUCUCCAAUUUCUACAUAUGCUUUAAUUUGAUGUAGUUAUUGAUGGUUUAAACAAUCUGAUUGGACUGUACAGCAGGGAUACUGUAUGCCAGUUCUUGGUGAUUGUGUGUGCGUAAACAUACUGGAUAUUUGGAUUGUUUAGCAAAUUUGCAGCAGGCAAGCUGCUGCUUGAGUAUAUGGAUGUCUGGCAAUUAUCACUCUGUCUGUUGGAGCCUGUCAGGACCUGCCUGCACUGGUCCACCAGUCCACUGUGUAGAGGCAGGGAUGCAUGGUGGGAGAGAUAGUGGGAUAAAGCGAUUGAUGGCUAUAUUAGGGGAUUUAUCGGUGGCAUUGCAACGAAAUGAUGGAGUCACAAUGUUAAUCAGGGCGUGGCAUGUAUUUACAGCCAAGAUUCCAUUUCUCCUUUUUUCCAAAAAAAAAAGAAGAUCUACCAAUUUUUGGAUAUAAAAGAAAGUUAACAUAUAACCAUUUGUUAGAUAUGGGCAGUACAAUGUACAAUGUACGAAGAUAAAAGGCAAUCUAUACUAUUUUAAACUAGAUCAUUUCAAAUAUAUUUUUUGACAUUCCCUUAUAUUUUCCUUAUCUUCUUUUUCUUCCCCCCUUUUCUGAUUUCUUUCCUCCUCUUGCUCCUUGACAUUUUUUCUCCUUAUGUAGACAAAUCAGAUGAUCCCUUUGCCUUAAAUGAUGUUUGUUCUUUUUCAGAGGGUUUUGAUUUCAUUUUCUCUUUCCCCUCUCUGUGUGCUGAAUAAAAUCCCAGUUUAUUCAUCACUAUGAUCUCAUCUGUACAAGAUGAUUCAAGUCAGAUACUGUAUUUCUUUUAUCAGUGCUGUUUCACAUCUGAGGAUAACACAUGGAGCAAACCUGCAAUGUAUUUGUGUGUGUGUGUGUGUGUGCGUGCGUGCGUGCGUGCGUGCGUGCGUGUGUGUGUCACAGACAAGUUGAAACAUCUCCCAUGGCAUCUGUAGCCCAACAGAUUUCUAAAAAGUAAUUUAUGACUUAAGUGUUUGUUUCUUUCAAUACGUUUACAUUUAGAAAAAAAAUAUUGCUGGAAGACAAACCAGUGGAUUAGAAUAUAUCAGUAAAUGGUGUUGUUGUAGUCCAAAGAGUCACCAAGUCCAUAAAAAUAACUUUGCCAGGCUGUUGCAUCUCAGAGAAAUUAUUUAUUCAUGGUAUGGAUGUACUGUUGAAACUUGUCAGGGAAAACCAGGUGAAAAAGGGUGAUGUUGUGCACAGGUAUUUCCAUUACCCUCAAGGGUGUGCUUAUAGCUAAAUGUGUGUGUGUGUGUGUGUGUGUGUGUGUGUGUGUGUGUGUGGUGGGGGGGUGUCUUAAUAAUACUGCCACCACAACAGAUUGUAGUUGUUGCUGUGGGAUUGAUUCCUGCCUAGUUUUUAAUCAGGCAUGAAGCUGUCAAUCAAAGUCUUGAGGAUCAAGAAAUCUCAUACAUGUCCUAAAAUGUGUUUUGCUUUUUAGUUCAUUUCAGUAGGGUGCACAGGCAAAAAAACGUUAGUCCAAAACAGAAAGUGAAAUUUUAAAAAAUCCCAAAGCUGAGCACACAAAGGGAGAUGGCUUAAAAUAAAUGCUAACAUUCUUUUUCACAAGUAAAAUGUAGAGAAGAGGAGACCUGUUUAGACUUGAGUUUAAAAAGUCACUGCACCGAUUCAGAGGACCUGAAAAAGUUAUAAUUUAAAAGUAGAGGCUUUAACUAAAGCACUGAAGAUAUCCUGACUCUGGGAUUCUAUUACGCACCGAGGUCCAUGACACUUAUUGUCUUCUCCAUGUUUUUUUCCUAUAAGGUCCCUGUUUAAAUUUUUGCAGCAAAUUUCAUAAUUGUGUUAGGGCAUGUUUAGGCUUUUCCAUCCUUGUCCCCUUUACAUUGGUUGCAAAUUACAACUUCAGGUGUUGAAAAAUAAAGCCAAUGUGAAAUAAAAAAAAAACUUUCUCAGUUUUCUUGAUGCUGGCUGCAGAAGCCAAGAAAACAAGCAUAUUGAUAAAAUGCCCAUUUAACAGAAUUUGACAUGUUCACAAGCUUACAGCUAUAAGGAAAUGGUUCUUGUGCAGAAGAAAUGUUCAUACUACAUCUGUUUUUAUAAUAUUAAGUCUAAGAAUAAAGAAUAGAUUUAUGGACACAUGGACAUGGUCAUUGUCUUGCUGCAAAACAAACUUAUGAGCCACAAGUCUUAGUCCAGAUGGAGCAGCAUGGUGCUGGAGGAUGGAGUGGUACUGUUGCUUCUUCACUCUAUCCUUUACAUCAAACAAAUCUCCUACUCCAUCACCUGCAAAACAUCCCCAUACCAUGGAACUACCACCUCCAUGCUGAAUUGUGGGUGUAACACAUGGUGCUUUCAGAUGUUCACCAGUUUGUCUGCGGACAUAGACUCUGCAUUUUGAACCAAACAGUGCAAACUUGUUUCUAGUCAUCAUAAGUCCAAUUUUUGUGAGCUUUUGCCCACUCAUAUCUCUUUUUCUUGUUCUGUGGACGAAGUAGUGUUUUUUUUUUUUUUUGCAGAUACACAACCCUUCAGACCAGCCUUUCUCAAACGUCAUUUCAUGGUUACCAGAGAUAUGGGUUUCGACCUUGUCAUGUUGAUUUCCUCCCUUAUUUGUGGUGCUGUCUUUCUCCAAUCUCUCUUACUGAUGACAAUGCUAUGUUUAUCCACUGCUUUUGUAGUAACUCUCUUUUGUCCAGGUCUUUUUCUAUCAUCAUAACUUCCAGGUUCCUCUAGUCUCUUCAGAGUGUAGUGGACUCCUUUGUUAAACACCUUUAGGUGUUUUGCAAUUUCUCUUUAUGUGUAUCCUUCUUUCCUCGAUGUACAAAUCUGUACUUUUGUUUCUUUACUCAGUUGCUUCUUUCUAGCCAUUUUUGCAGUAGUUUGAACGCAGUUGAGAUUUAUUAGGAUUUUUGUAUGCAGACUCUCAAAAGCCAAAAAGUCGAAGUGAAUAAUCCAACUGUGAUUUUUUAUUUUUUUUUUGCUUUUGUACUGAAGUUGACUCUUGCAAAUGUUUUCAACCCUAAAACUAAGCCCUUAUUUUCUUUUGCUGACAUAUAUUUAGCAAUGGUCUGUUAACAUCAAUGUAUAUCUAAAGGUAAAUGGAGUAAAAUGGUGCAUUUCCAUGAAAGCAACAUCUGAUCAUGGAGUAAAUACAUCUCAAAAUACAUAAAACUCAUGCUGGAUUUUAAAAAAAGCAUUGUGAACAAAAACUUGAAGUAACUCCCAACUGUUCGGCCUGUAAUGGCCUUCCUUCCUUUUGGCCUGUAGCGUACAUGUAUUUAUAACCCAUGUAUGUUUACGUGUUUGCAUGUGGUGACAACUUUCACAAACACAUAAAUUCAAUGCUGUCCUUGUGUAUUUUCCUUUUGUCUGCUUUUCAUGCUCCCCCGUCCUAAAAUGUAUCCUACUUUUCCGUCUUGUCUUCUAUGAUUUACAAUACUUUUAAGGCUAAACUAAAUGGCUCAUGCCCUUUUUUCGUAUUUAGUCAUCCGUUCAUCCUUUUAAACACAUAUUUAAACAUCUUCCUCAAGUAUAAACGACUGAAGUCUGUCUUAUUCCUUCCAGUAUUCUCCCCUGCUGAAGAAGCUCUACUGUCAGAUUGCAAAGACAUGUCCAAUCCAGAUCAAGCUCUCUUCCUCACCUCCACAUGGCAGCAUCAUCAGAGCCAUGCCCAUCUACAAGAAGGCAGAGCAUGUUACAGAAGUGGUCAAACGUUGCCCUAACCAUGAACUGGGACGAGACUUCAAUGAUGGUAUGCUCAUUGAGAAAGGGCUUACCACAGUUGAUUCCGCGAGUAUUGUUAUUGCUUUUUCAAAGUACACUUAAUAUUCUAUCUUAUAGAUUACUGUAGAGGAUACAAACUAUUCAUUUCCAAAACAUGGUUAGAGUAUUGCACCUUAUACAUACAUUUUGUGUAUCAAACUUUUAACACAUACUGUGGUAUGGAGUGAGUGAGAGUUUACCAAGAUAAGCAAACCACUCCUUUCCCUGUCCAUUAUUUUCUCCAAAGGUCAAGUAGCCCCAGCCAGUCACCUGAUCCGAGUGGAGGGGAAUAACCUCUGUCAGUACGUUGAUGAUCCUGUCACGGGGCGCCAGAGUGUCUUUGUGCCAUAUGAGGCCCCACAGGUCAGUGCUAAAUCUUGUGCAAAAAUAGGGAAGGACAUUUUUUGUUGUUUUACCUUAAAUGUGAUCUUGACGAUUAUUGACCCAUUGGCCAAAUCCAGCUGACACCAUUGAUGGAAAAUAUAGAUCAAUACAAUAUUUUGUUCAGUAAUUUUAACAAUUGCCUUCUCUUUGAUGAAUUGGAAUGAUGAAAGAUUGAUAUUUUUAGACUUUGGGCCUAACAUGGAAAACAUGAAUAUCAUUACCCUGGGUACUUACCCUUUACUCCCAUGGCCAUUUUUGAGAGGUAAUUAAAUAGGUCUGCCUCAGUUCCUAACUUGAAACAAUAGAGAUGAUGUGACUGUGGAUAAAAAAAAUAUUUGGGUUAUUCCCUUUCUUGUUGAUGAGGCAUAUUCUCAAUGUUCAAUCAAAGGGAUAUGUAGAGAUGGCUUGCUGUGAUCAAACAUAUUAAUCAGGGGAACAGUGGUCCUUAUGUUUUAAACAGUAAGUCUAAAUGCUGUUGGUUAAAAAAACAUCCUGCAUUGGCCAAGUUCAUUCCACUGCAAAAGUCAAUUUCAGUGAGGUGCCUCAUAGGAGUCGCAUCUAUAAAUACAGAUGCUGGGCAUGUCUUCACAAGCGCAGAAGUGAGAAAUCAUCAUGUCCGUGAUUGCACCUGAGGUGCUUGAUAGAAAGCACAAUGGGCCUGCCUCACAUGAAGCUGCACAACAACACUGCCCUCUAGUGGUAUAUUAACAUUAUGUUUGCUGAACUGUGGAUUUGAAGAAACUGUAGGAGCUGCAUGGGUGUCAGAAAGCUAAAGAAUAAAACAGACAAAACCGACGAACUCUGAUUGGCAGGUCUUGUAUUUCAGGUGGGGACUGAGUUUACCACCAUCCUGUAUAACUUCAUGUGUAACAGCAGCUGUGUGGGUGGCAUGAACAGAAGACCCAUCCUCAUCAUCAUCACUUUGGAAACCCGAGAGUAAGUCAACAGUACAGGUCUAAUACUACAGUGAAAACUGGUUCCUCUUUAUUUCAAAAGCAAUUCACAGUCCUCUGGCAUUAGUUUCAAUCAAACCCUUUUUGGUUCCAGGGUUUUUUAAAUUUACAAAAUGCUUCACAUGUUAAAAAAUAGAAAAUAAUGAUAGUGAUACCAUGAAGCGCACUGAGCCAACAAUCUCCUCAUAUGCAGAGUCGUUGAUGCAAACUUUAUCAAGGGGAAUUUACUAUUCCCUUUCACCUUUACAGUGGUCAAGUGUUGGGCAGACGGUCAUUUGAGGGUCGGAUAUGUGCGUGUCCUGGCCGGGACCGCAAAGCAGAUGAGGACCACUUCAGGGAACAACAGGCCCUGAAUGAGAGUGUGCCCAAAAAUGGUGGUGCUAACAAGCGUAGUAAGUAGAACUACUCUCAUUGACAUGUUCUAUGUUUGCUGAAGUUUAAGAUGAUGAAAUUUUAUUGUAAUACUUUUCCCCAGGACAUUUCUUUAAAAAAUGAAACUUAAUAAAAUGUUCUAAGAUAUCUUGGCAAUUAAAAAGAAUGACAAUGUAAAAUCAAAAGUAGAAAUGUGUGUCAUUUCAUUUAUUAUUUUUUUACUUCUGCAGAUUUCAAACAGAGUCCAACAAAUAUUCCCAGUCCAAAUAUCAAUGUGAGGAAAAGGCGGCAUGGAGAAGAGGAGAUUUACUAUAUUCCUGUAAGACCUUUUUACUCACCUGUCACAUUUAAAAAAAAUUAUUAAAAAAAAAGCACAUUUUUGAAAUUUUGAGACUUAAACCAUUUGAAAACACAUGUAUUGAAUCAUUACAGUUUCAAACACACAAAAAAGGGAUUAGUCUGACAAAAUUACGAGGGAUUACAAGUCAUUCACCCCCUGACUGGAUUAAGUUCUGUUUCUGAAUGUGCCGUGUUUGUGUGUAGGUUCGUGGAAGAGAAAACUUUGAGCUGCUAAUGAAGAUCAAAGACAGUUUGGAGCUGGUAGAGCUGGUGCCACAGCCUCUAGUGGACUCCUACAGACAACAAACACAGCAGCAACUGCUGCAGAGACCGUGAGUCCCUAGAACCAACACGCUCACACAACUACUACAAUUAUUAUUAUUAUCAUCAUUAUUGUUAGUAUUAUUAUUGAUUCAUCAAGGAAAACUUAAUUUGUAAAAUAUCUUCUAUGCAAAAAUGUCACCAAGCAAGUUAUCUGAAACAUUAUUGGCUUAAAAACAUACAGCAACAAUCAAUGCAUCUGUAAAAAUACAAUUAAAAAGCAAGCAAACAACAAUCGAGGCAAACAUAGAACCAAAACAAAAAUAAUGUUAAGCAUUAGUGUCUUUGCUCGGAGUUAGCCUGAAGUAUGGCUUUAAUAUGAUAUGGCGUUAGUAUGUUACAUGUAUUGCAGUGGGUUUCUUUUAUUCAAGUCAUAAACUUUUCGAAGAGUAUUAUUUCUCUAACCUUAACCAUGUUACACUUUUAUGUUCUAGGAGUCACAUAGCAUCCCCGUCCUCCUAUUCUCCGCUGUCAAACAUGAAUAAGCUCCAUUCCCAUGGAGGCCUCAGCAAACAGCCCCCAGUCAACCAGCUGGUGGGGCAGCAGCCCCAGCAACACCCCACUGCCCCCAGCUCUAUGGCCCAUAUGAGUGAGUGUAAAGUAUCUGUUUUACUCAAAUAAAAUCAAAUGCACUUAUGAAGGCACUAGUUCAAACCAAUGUGUUGAAAUGUGUUUUAGAGAGAAAAUAGAGAUGUCCUAGAGUCUAGGAAUGCUUUUUAAAACUAUUUUCAGUUCUUGUGCCUUUCUUGCUAGAAAUUGUUUCACUGAUCCUUCCUGCUUAUCUCACAGGUACAAAUAUGCUCAACAGCCACCACAUGCAGGCCAAUGGUGACCUGAAUGGAGGCCACGGCAGUCAGACUAUAGUGUCUGCCUCCCACUGCAGCCCACCCCCUCCAUAUAACCCUGACCCCACCCUUGUCAGGUACCUCACCCUGCAAUGACACUCUUACUUGUCUACUAUACAGGGCCAGGAGACAAUCAGAUGCACUCAGCAGGAUAAAUUUGUUUAUGAUGAUGCCAAAACAGCAAGCUUUUUUUGGAUAUGUACACUCACAUUGUUUAAACUGUCUUUUGCAACAAACUGUGUUCAGAGGUGGAACUUUGUCACAGGGUCGGUUUGAUAGAAUUACAGCUGCAUUGCACCCAUGGCUGAAGAAGCUCUGGCAGUGGGUAAAAGUAAAAGUCAAAUUUGAUUAAUUCAUUUAAAAUUGUGGUUGCUGUAAUACGAAAUCUAUCAUAUUAAUAGCUGAACGCUUCAUGUUCAUUAGCCAGCCCAUUAUUAUUCAUAAAGCAAUAGGUUUUCUGACCUUAGCUAGGUCUAGAUGCAAGUGCUUUGCGUUUCUAUCAGAUGUGCUGUUCAGCACCAGUUUUAAAUUCAAGAGUCUUACAGCUCCACUAUGGCCUCCCUUUCAUUGCAUCCAAAAGCCCCAACUGUAUGUCAUACACCUACAAACUGAAAUGAUGUCACUGUUAGUAAAGCAAUCUGCAAUACACUCCAAAAAUGUUUUUUUUAUAUAAAGAAAUUUCCAAUGUGUAAGUUCCACUUAAUUUAAAAACUAUUUUUUUAUUUUUCUAAGUUCAUGUGUUUUUAAUGCCGUUUUUAAAACGUUCACUUUGCUUUUGCCGUUCUAACAUUUUGAACUUUUUAGUUACAUUUCUACAUGGUAUGUUUAAUGUACACUUAGACUGCACAGACAGCUUCUUUAUCAUUUACAUUGUAUGUUGCCAGUACUUUCACAUUCUUUGUAUUUAUAAUAAAGGUUCUUCAUCAAAGCAAGAAUGGCCUAAUGAAUCAUUAAUAUAAAUGCAUGUGUAUAAUAUUACCUUAUUUACAUCCAUCAAGAAGUAGCUGCACAGAUUGUUAGAGCUGCGCCUCUGUUCUUUCUCCCAGUUUGGAAUAAACUAAAAGUAGCACAAUAGGGAAGACACAAUAGUACAGAAUAAGCUGCUUUCACAUUUAGUUUUCUCCAAAAAUACAAGUUGAUCUUUUGUGUCAUGUAGGAAUAUAUUCUUUUCACUACUCCAGUACACUGCAGUUUUCAUCAGUGUACAUGACUUAUGACUGUGGUAGUCCAUCUUUAUACUUUGUAGCUGUAAACUGAUGGCAGUCUAAGCAGCCAUGCUUUUCUCCCCACACAGUUUUCUAACCAGUCUGGGCUGUCAGAACUUCAUUGAAUACUUCACCUCCCAAGGCCUCCAGUCUAUCUACCAUCUCCAGACCCUCUCCAUGGAGGUAACCACCGCACUCUUAAUCCUGUAGUGAAAAUUAUUGUAAAAUGAUACUGUGCACAAAGUUUAGCAAACAGAAAGAGAACAAGGUAAACAGUAAGAAAAGAAGAACAUUAAACAACAUAAAACGUGUUGAAAAUGUAACAGUUCUCCAGAGAAGUUUUUGAGAGAUUGUUUAUUGUUGAAGAAGGUACCUGGAAAGUUUUUGACAAUCAACGGCCCCUUCUGUUUUAAUUUUUAAGCAAGCACAUGAUGAUGCACUUGCACUUUAUUUUUUUGAGUCUUUGCCACAUUCUUGGACUCAUUCAAUAUCUAUCUUUUGCCAAUAUAGGAUUUAGGUGAAUUGAAGAUACCAGAGCAAUCCCGCAUUGCCAUUUGGCGAGGACUGCAGGACAUGAAACAAGGAGCUCCCCUCCAACUGCCCUCAUCUACUCACCAUCAUGACUAUCACGGUCAGCAGCUUCUUCGUUCUAGCAGCAACAUGGCUGCUUCUGCCAUGGCUGCCAUUGGGGCUGCCAGUGGAGAACUACAACGUCAGCGAGUCAUGGAGGCUGUGCACUUUCGUGUCCGUCAUACUAUCACAAUUCCAAACAGGUCCGGAGUUGUUGGGACUUCGGGAAUGGCAGCAACUACUGAUGAGUGGGCCGACUUUGGUUUCGACAUGCCUGACUGCAAACUGUCACGUAGCAAGCACUCCAUCAAGGAGGAGUUCAUGGAAAGUGAUGUCCACUGA